AUGUCAAGCUCUACCGUCUCGGCAGAGACAGAGAGCAGUGCAGCCUCUCGCCCUGAAAAGCGUCCCUUGUCUCCCUCAACUUCCCCACAACCUCUUAGACCUCGUCCUACUUUCUCCUCAGACCACCCUUCUUGGCAUUUCGACUCUACUCAUCACAGCCCUCAACAAGACGACAAGCCAUUAGAGUCUGCUCUCGACAAUUCAAAGGUACAAUUACCUUCCAUAUUUACUACCUUUGAGGAUCCCUUUCGUCGAGCUUCCUUACCAGCUCUUACACAAGACUCAAAUCAUCGCUACCGAUCCGCUCCAUACCCCCCUACUCAUCUCCGUCGCGCAUCGCACGCGUCCUCAAACCAGUCCAAUCUCGGCUCAUACCACUUCCCACCUCCUACCGAUACCUCUGAGUUUCAAGAUAAAUCUUCCAGCCGUCCUCGCUUGACUGCUGACACACAUCUCAAUUACUCCUACGGAGACUCCUCCUCAUACCUAAAUACAGCUCUUUCCAGUACAACUACCCCAAGUUCCCAUUUUACCUCUUCCACUUUCACAUCGCCCCUCACCCCUGACAUCAAACCUCAGGGCGUCCCUGCUUCAGGAUACAUAGAAUCCGAAAGUUGGAACGACUCUCCUUCUGGUAUUGUUCGCCCCAGCUCAACCGGCCAGUUACCGAGUACACUUAACAAGUACGACGACAGCGUCAGACAGUCCUCCUUCAGCACAACCCUCCCUCCCUCACAGAUGUUUUCCGCUCCUCCACGUCUUCCUCCCCAACAGGAUCGUAGACUCUACCCCUCCUCAGCUCAACCUAAGGAUGACUGGAAUUUUUCUAAUCAGGAUUUUGCCUUUUCCUCGAGCAGUCCGUCAUUAAAUACGACGAGCAGCCCAGUACCCUCCGCAGCACCAGCCCAGGCCACAACUUCCUCUCCUCCAUCCCGCUCCCCACCGUCCGCUCCAUCUACAUUAGCUGAACGCCCCAUGCGGAAGAGGGGCAAGUUGCCAAAGGAAACGACAGAUUAUCUAAAGGCCUGGUUGCAUCGUCACUCAGAUCAUCCAUACCCAAGCGAGGAGGAGAAAAAGCAGCUUUGCCAUGCCACUGGAUUGAGCAUGAGCCAAGUAUCCAACUGGAUGAUUAAUGCUCGUCGCAGGAUUUUAGCUCCUGCCCACCGAGCAGCGCAGGGACCUACCACCUCUGCGCCAUAUCCAUCUUCCACUCGCACUGUUCCCGCUUCUUCUCUCUUAGAUCCGGUCGCGCGUCGUGCUUCACUGCCUGCAGAAAGUCUGCAGUUGUAUCACCCUAUGUCUCUCCAGUCGCUGCAAGGGGGUCACCAGAACUCAGCGUCUGCAGAGUUCGGCGGAAGCGGCCGACAACUUCUCGCACGCCCAGCACACUACACUGGUGGUGGCGGCGGCGGCGGCAGUCUAGACUACUCCCAGAAUAGACUUGGGCUGUCCACAUACAAUCUUGGACACAACCAUCAUUCAGGGAGUGGAGGGCAGUCCGGUUAUCUUCCAUCGGGCGUUCCGAUGUCCGCGCCUCCCUCCCUUCCACCCAACCCUUUCGGGUCUCACAAUAUGCACAAUCAAUCCUCGUUGUAUUCUGCACAGCACCACCACUCGUCGUUGUCUCCUGGCUUCAUUUCAAGCCCAUCCCAGAGCUCGCCGAGGUUGCCCGCCCACUCGGCGGAUUCGCAGUCGCAUUCCUACUAUAGCGAAGGACCAUUGCACCCUUCUGUAAAUGCUGGGCCUACCUAUUCAGCUCCACAGUGA